AUGCGCGUGCCCUUCAAGAACGAUCUACAGUACUUGAAUUCUUAUUUGGAAGAUCCCUCGUCCCAUUGUGUGAGACGACGAUCGACGGCUUCAACGACGUACUUGUCCUUGGACUGUGUGUCGGCGUUUUUCCGAAAAGAAAGUGGUUGGCUGGUGGUGGGUGAGUCAAGGCAGCCAGCCAGCCAGCCACCACAACCUGUUCCUCCUCCUCCUCUCUUCACAGCUCGACAUGAAAUAAGACGUACACGACGUCGUACCACGACGCAUGCAUACUCACCGCCGGAUCUCAUCACGAUGCGAAGCAAUCAAGCAACCAACGUACCGGGACGAAACUAA